GUCAGAAAUUCCUCGUUACCCGUACAGCUCAUUAACAACAAUAAUAUGUCGGAAUCUUCCAGAGGACGAGGCAAAAAGGUCAUUGCACCUCGCGGUCGUGGGCGACGAUCGCAAGCGGAACGUGAUCAGAUCGCCGCCGCAGAGCGAGAGCGCAACAGAGAACGUGACGCCGCAUUUGCUAGAGAACAGAAUGCAGCGAGACUGGCCCAGGAACGGGCUGAGCGAGAUCGCAAGAGGAGAGAAGCUGCUGCUGCUGCUAGAGGCCGGGGCCGAGGCCGCGGUGGUUUCAUGGGCGAAUCCCAUAUCAAGAAUGAGCUGUCAGGUGGACCUCUUUCUGAUGGCUCCAUAAUAGGCUCCCAUAUACCUCAAGGUAAAGCUUUUCCACGGCCGUGGGCACCGUCAAAUAGAUCUGGUGUUAGAUCUAGUGACAUCAGCACAUUACCAACCAGCAGCAAAUCCAACACUGGAUCUGGUCUCGAAUUCGAUGUUCACGGCGUGGCUGGAGAUGACGCAGUAGAUGGUGGCUACAUAUCCUCAGAUCUCGAGGAUCUUGGCGACGGGCCUCGUGUACCCAUUGAGGCAAUUAGUCUCUUAACUGACGAUGAGGAUGAGGACGGCGCGGGAGCCGUUGGGCCCUUUGGCGCACCAGUGAGGUUAAAUCGAGUCGAGCAUCGUGCCCGAGCAGUACAGGUUACAGCCGAUGCAGAAGAAGAUGCGGCGGUUAAAACCGAAGAUGGGGAUGUUUCGAUGACUGACGUGCCCGAGUCUGCAGAAGCAAAGGGAAGACCAAGUGAGAAGAGUGCCGAAACUACAGGUGAACGGCCUUGGCGAGGAGUUUGGCAAGAGCCAGAACCACCAGCAAUCAAAGAAGAACCAAAUAUCGAAGAGCCCGAUGCACGCGCCCAAGAUAAGAUAAAGGCAGAAGCAGAGCCUGUUGAACCGACAAGACGAACACGGAAAUCACUCUCAAAAGCGCCCGGUCAUUUAAACGAGGAAGAACGUAAUGAAUUUGCUCGCGAGCUUCAAGACAACGAAGUCAUGCUUGGAGAGUUUGGCAAUGCGGACGCUUACAAAGACCAAACGAGAACCUACGUCUUCCAAUUUCCACCUGUGCUCCCAAAUCUUUGCGUCCCAAACCCCAUUACGAUCAAGGACGAUCCGGAUGCGCCGCCUGAACAGCCGGCUGCAGAAGGUUCGAGCUCAAAUAAGAAGAGCGCGCCGAUUAAAAUCGAAGAUGGCGACGCAUCGGAUAAAGAAAAGCUGCUUCGAGACCAAACGAUCCGACCUGAACAUCUUCCGAAGCUAGCACCCGGCGCUGUUGGCAAGCUGCGGGUGCAUAAAAGUGGCAGAGUCACGAUGGAUUGGGGUGGCUCGAGCCUUGUGGUUCAGAAUGGGGUGCUGCCGAAGUUCUUGCAGACUUUAGUCAUGGUCAAGAUGGACGAGGAGUCGCUGACGGCCGCGUUUCCAGGCGCUGUUCAAGGUAUGGCAACAGCAUUUGGGCAGCCGCGAGGCAAGCUGGUGGUGCAGCCUGACUGGGACGAUAUGCUUGACAACGUGAAAGGGCUUAAGAUCGAAUGAGAUUCGGCUAAUGCCCUGUAUCAUGGCAGGCUCCAAGACUUGGUCGUAACUUAACGGAAAACAGCGCAACUACCUCCAAAUCAGGACUGCAACGUGUAGGCACUCACAAAAAGAAAACAUACAGGGCUGCAGCAAGGAUGUAGGCGUCUCAAGUCAAAUCGGCUGAGGUCCAGAUCACGGCAACAGUGUUUUACAGUCUUAGAAUAAUAGCUUUCACCGGCAGUCGUCUUUUUCAACCUGCAAUUAUAUUCGAUUUGGGAUAGCGAAUGAUAUCAAGCAUUCACCCGCUUGAUCAAAUAGCUGAUUGUUGCCCAUGCGUUCGGCAAUGUACUUUGCAUUAGACGAAUAAAUCCAGAUCCAGGAUAUUGCGCCCCAAAA